GGCGCAAAAUGGAACGAUUUAAACAUAUAAAGUUUCAAAGUGUAAUAUAAAAAUCCAUAUAUGAAUAUGACUGAAUCAAGGAUCUUAGCCACAUCACCAAUGUUACUGAUUCUUCUCAGCCUUGUAAUAGCUUCCUUAUUCGACACUACAGCUGGACAAAUCGGAGUAUGCUACGGGAUGCUUGGAGAUCCCAAGCCAAAUCCAUCGGACGUUGUGGCUCUUUACAAGCAGCGGAACAUCCAGCGGAUGCGGAUUUACGAUCCCAACCCAGAGACUCUCACCGCUCUCCGCGGCUCCAACAUCGAGCUCAUCCUCGACGUUCCCAAAUCGGACCUCCAACGUAUUGCCUCCAGCCAAACGGAAGCCGACAAGUGGGUCAACGACAACGUGAAGAGCUACGACGGUGUCAGAUUCCGGUACAUCAACGUCGGAAACGAGGUGAAACCCUCGGAGCAAGCUGCGAGGUUCCUCUUCCCGGCGAUGCAGAACAUACAGAAAGCCGUUUCUGAAGCAGGCCUCGGGAUCAAAAUAUCGACGUCUAUAGAAAUGGGAGCCACCGUGGACACGUAUCCUCCGUCGCGCGGAAGAUUCAAGGACGAGUAUAUUAACUUGCUCCAACCUGUUAUAGAUUUCUUGGUAAGCAAGCAAUCUCCUCUGCUUGUGAAUAUCUACCCUUAUUUCAGCUACAUGUUAGACACGAACAUCCCUCUAGACUACGCUCUGUUGAAACCAAAUGCCCCUGUGGUCUCUGACGGCCCGUACUCUUACAAAAACCUCUUCGACGCCAACCUCGACUCGGUUUACGCGGCGUUGGAGAAAUCCGGUGGCGGAUCGUUGGAGAUCGUGGUGUCGGAGAGUGGUUGGCCCACGGAGGGAGGAACCGGGACGAGUGUAGAGAAUGCAAAGACAUAUGUUAACAAUCUGAUACAACAUGUGAAGAAUGGAACUCCGAGAAAGCCAGGGAAAGCUAUAGAGACUUAUAUAUUCGCUAUGUUCGAUGAGAAUCAGAAGACUCCUGAUUAUGAGAAGUUCUGGGGGAUGUUUCUUCCUAAUCAACAGCCUAAGUAUGAUGUUAAUUUCGACUAAUGUCUUUAAAGAGACUUCUUGAAGAAGCAAGGGCUAGUGAUGCGGUAAAUGGUAAUUUGUUGUCUAUUAUAUAUAUAUUUUUAGGGCUUUUUCUGUAAGAGUAUUAUUAUUAAUAUGAAAAUAAAAAGUGGGAGAUAUUGUUGUAAUAAUAAGGAAUGAGCCUUGAGUAUGUUUUACUCCAUCACAUCGGUUUCGAUAAUAUAAUGAGAGUUGUUUAAAAAUCUACGAUAUUCUGUACAAACAGUAUAUGAUAUAUAUUGUUGGUUCAUAGUAAAAAAAAUAAAAAUUACAU